UAUGUCAGCUGUAGACUCCAAUAUUUUAUCAGAAAAUGGUUAUAUGAACUUAUUGCAGAGUGAUGUGGAGCUUAUUGCAGAGUCCGAUCUAGAAAAAUAUUUGCUCUUAGAUUCAAAUUUGGAAUUUGAAUCUAAAACAUGUGGCAUUGGAAACAAUAUUGAAGACUAUAAACAGUUUGCUGGAAUUUUAAAUUAUUGGCUGGAUCCAGAUGCUGAUUUCCAGAACUUACUGGAGGAUGACGCAAUACAGCACGUCAGCUCUGAAGACCAAACCAUAAAUACAACAGAUACUGAUGUAAAGCAGCAUCCAGCUAGAAACCGCAAGAAAAGAGCUGCUUUGAAUAAAAACUCUUCCUCUGCUGCACCAAAGCCAAAAAGAAGAAAACAAGAGUCGUCCACCGAUAUUUCAGAAUCUUAUGAAAAUGUAUCUGGUGCGAAUGUCCCAGAGACGGCAACACAGACCCAAUUAGCUCAUAGCCUAAGUCCUCUGGCCGGACAAUUUAUAACCCAAGUUCCCCUAAUCCCCAUCAGCAGCUGUCUGACCAUGGACGGACUGAAAAUGGUCCCAGCGCAGCAAAUUAUCAACCUCCCUAUUAGUCCUGGAACCAACAUAAUAAUUUGCACAGCUCCUUCGCCAACUUCAACACAACAUCAGGUAGCGCCAAUUCUCCCCAUCACAUUAUGUGGAGUCUCUCCGGUCGCUACUAGCAACAGCAUCCCAACAUCUCCAGACAGAAAUUGCUCCUCGAGUCCCUUCACUCCCACUGCAGCAGAAUUGCCAAAUUUGCCAGAAGCAGCUGCUAUGAACCAAGGUGUUACUGAAGAAAAAGAAUCUCAUUGUCAGCAGCCUCCAGCUGGGUCCUUGCAGAAGACACAAAUACCUAAAAGCGUAGAGUCUUGUAAGGCUGCACUCAGUGAGCGGUAUGGAGCAUCUUUGAUACUAGGACGUGGGGAACCAUAUGUGGAUGUCACUCUUGUAAAGAGACAGAUUGAUUUAAAACCUGGAAAAGUUGUCAGCAAAGCAGCAGAGAAGGAAAUGGUUAUCUACGAUUUGGCUGAAAGAGAAAAAGAGACAGUUGACCUGAACAAUUUUUUUGAGGCUAAAGAACGUAAAGAAAUGGGAACACAAAUUAUUGCUCUACUUGGAGAAUCAGGGUUGGGUAAAACUGUUCUUGUGAAGAAGAUCUGCCAGGAAUGGUCAAAUGGAAAUUUUGAACAGUUCAGUUUGGUGUUUUACUUUGAGUGUCGUCUACUAAAUUCCACUAAAAAGCGUUGCAGUUUAAAAGAGUUACUUUUUGAGCUGUCGUCUUGCACAAAACAGAUGAAUGUUGAGACCUUCCAGUACAUGCUUAGGAAUCCCGAAAGAGUACUUCUGAUUUUUGAUGGUUUUGAUGAAUUCCAAGAUCCUGAUGGACUUUUGCACGGCUCUUCCACUGCUUCACCAACUAAACCACAUAGCAUUAAGGAGUUAUUUAUGGGCCUCUUCCAGAGGAGGUUACUUCAAGGGUGUACUCUACUUAUAACUGCAAGGCCCAGAGAAAAAUUUAACCAAUAUUUGGCAAAAGUAGACAAAAUUAUUGAAACAAUUGGAUUUCACCCUCAGCAGGUGGAACAUUACAUCAAAGAAUUUUUUAAAGCUUUGCCAGAUUCUUCAGACGCCCUUGGGUGGAUUAAAAAGCACCAAUAUCUGUUUAGCUACUGUUAUAUCCCUUUAAUGUGUAAACUAAUGUGCUUUUUUACUGAAAAAAAUCUUACAACUGGCUGUUCAGAAUUUAAUUUAUCCCUAGCUGCUUUCUUUUUGAAUGUCCUUCAGAAACAUGAAAUUGUAUCUCGACUUGUCUCUUCAAGUGCUGUAUCUGUAGAGUGUCCUACAGAAGAUACAACUCAAAUUUCUUCAAAAAUUGAUCUAAAACCUGUAGAUGAAAAUCUGUACUCUAAAACCUUGGUUCAAAACUUCCAGACAGCCCAAAGCAUAAUGAAAGAUAUCAAGAAUAGGAAUCUAGUCAAAUAUGUUUCACUGGAGCAUAAAAAGAGAAAGACUCAAGAAAUUUGUCCAGAUAUUGUCAGAAGAUUCUUGAUAGGGCUUUUGUUUAAAAAAGAUAUUAAAGAAGCCACUAAUAUCUGGAAUUUUUUUGCCAAAAAACAAAGAAAGAUGACUGAUUACUUCAAAAAAAUACAUCUGAGUGAGCUUUGCCCACAGAGACUACUAGAACUUUGCCACUGUGUUUAUGAAAUUAGUGACACAUCUCUAAUCAGACACAUAGCAGGGAAGCUCAGCGGUGAAUUGUCAUUUGAGGGGACUAAGCUUACACCCCCUGACAUCUAUGUAUUGAAACACAUUUUGAAAAAAUCAAAAGUUAAAAUAUCCCUGGAUCUCCGGAAAACUGGCAUCGACUUAGAGGGACUGCAAGCGUUAGUGAGCUUGAAAACUGUGAUCUCAUUCAGAGCGUCAUUGGGUGAUACGGUUCGGCUGUGGAAGAUUUUACAUGACAGCGAUAAUUAUCAGACCUUGAUGCAAUGCGUUAAAAAAUUCACAAUUGAUCCAUUCAAGGUGGAAAAGAUAAAGGACAUUACUGACCUCUCCAAUCUCGUUGGUAUCCAGAGACACAUCUGUAACUGCCCUCGGCCGUCAAAGGACACCAUGAUGGAAAUCCCUGCUAUCACGCAACUUAAAAAAAUUAUACUUGCGCUUGGGAAAAAGCAAGGGCACGCUGGUUUCAUGACACUUGUUGAUACACUCCCAGAAUUUCCUGCCCUUCGAUAUUUAGAUUUGCACAACUUGACUGAAAAUCAUAUUGGAGAUAAAGGAGUUGAGAAACUGUCAGAAAAAUUUCCAGAGCUUCAGUCGCUUGAGACGUUGGACCUCUCACAAAACAGCAUCACUGACGCUGGUGUGGAGAAAUUAGCUGCUUCUCUUCCAUACUUGAGGUCGUUGCAGACACUUAGCUUGUAUAACAACUAUGUGCGUGAUACUGGAGCAGAACGUGUCGCAGAGAUACUUCCAAAAAUGUUGUCACUAGAGGAGCUACACUUGGAGUGUAAUGAAAUUACAGAGAACGGAGCACGGAAGCUGACACAGAGCCUACAGCUUUGUCCUAACAUGAAGAGCCUGAGGUUGUACAGUAAGAUUAUCCCUCAUGCAGGUUUGCAGUAUCUUCAGAGGCUGGACUCCAGAAUUAGCUGUUUUUCCAUUGGAUGAUGACAAGAACACACAAAUUCCAAAGCUGUGGCUGUAGCUGCUGUGCAAAUCUCUCGCAGUCUUGCUGCAUAGAAGAGAGAAAACGGACAACGUAUCUCUGUAUUUGCUGGGUUUCUUGUAAACCCAAAGCUUCUUGCAGUGAAUGGAGAAUGUUGCACUAUUGGAAAUGUCCUAACAUCACUGAGAACUAAUCACAUCUAUAAUAACUAUUCUUCUAUAGAUAACUCAUUUUAUUGGGCUCUACGGUGGAGAAAUUUCCUUCAUGAACUGCAGCUUUUUACUGUAAUUGAAUCUGAAGCAGGAGGGACAUUUAUCUUCACUGUAUCUUCAGUGUGUCAGUCAAUAAUCAGAUAAAACUGAAUGUUCUUAUGUACAUUAAGAUGAACACAUGCUGCCCCGGUAACACAGAACACGCACCAUACCUCCCCGGUAACAUAGAACACACACCAUACCUCCCCGGUAACAAAGAACACGCACUAUACCUCCCCGGUAACAUAGAACACACACCAUACCUCCCCGGUAACAAAGAACACGCACUAUACCUCCCCGGUAACAGAGAACACGCACCAUACCUCCCUGGUAACACAGAACACACACCAUACCUCCCUGGUAACAGAGAACACGCACUAUACCUCCCCGGUAACAGAGAACACGCACCAUACCUCCCUGGUAACACAGAACAUGCACCAUACCUCCCCGGUAACAGAAAACACUCACCAUACUGCCCCGGUAACAGAGAACAUGCACCAUACUUUCCCGGUAACAGAGAACACGCACCAUACCUCCCCGGUAACACAGAACAUGCACCAUACCUCCCCGGUAACACAGAACAUGCACAAUACUUCCCCGGUAACAGAGAACACGCACAAUACCCCUCCCCAGUAACAGAGAACACGCACCAUACCUCCCCAGUACAGAGAAACCGGACCAUACCUCCCCGGGAACAGAGAACACGCACCAUUCUGCCCCGGUAAUAGAGAACAUGCACCAUACCUCCCCAGUAACAGAGAACACGGACCAUACCGCCCCGGUAACAGAGAACACGCACCAUACCGCCCCGGUAACAGAGAACACACACCAUAUAAUCCCGGUAACACAGAACACGCACCAUACAUCCCCAGUAACAGAGAACACGCACAAUAACCCUCCCCAGUAACAGAGAACACGCACCAUUCCGCCCCGGUAACAGAGAACACGCACCAUACCUCCCCGGUAACAGAGUACACGCACCAUACAUCCCCAGUAACAGAGAACACACACAAUACUUCUCCGGUAACAGAGAACACGCACAAUACCCCUCCCCAGUAACAGAGAACACGCACCAUUCCGCCCCGGUAACAGAGAACACGCACCAUUCCGCCCCGGUAACACAGAACACGCACCAUACCUCCCCAGUAACAGAGAACACGCACCAUACCUCCCCGGUAACAGAGAACACGCACCAUACCGCCCCGGUAACACAGAACACGCACCAGCAUAUUCCGGUAACAUAGAACACGCACCAUACCUCCCCAGUAACACAGAACACGCUCCAGCCUGUUCUGGUAAAAUAGAACACGCACCAUACCUUUCCCAGUAACAGAGAAAAAGCACUAUACUGCCCUGGUAACACAGAGCACGCACCAUACCUCCCCCGGUAACACAGAACACGCACCAUGCUGCCCCAGUAACACAUAACACUCACCACGCUUCCCCCGGUAACACAGAACACGCACCACGCUGCCCCGGUAACACAGAACACGCACCACGCUGCCCCUGUAGCACAGAACACACACCACGCUGACACGGUAACACAGCACUUGCACCAUCCUAUCCCAGAAACACAACACGUGCACCAGCCUAUUCUGGUAAGACAGCACGUGCACCAUCCUAUCCUGGAAACCCAACACGUGCACCAUCCUAACCUGGAAACUCAACACGUGCACCAUCCUAUCCCGGAAACACAACACAUGCACCAUCCUAUCCCGGAAACACAACACGUGCACCAUCCUAUCCCAGAAACACAACAUGUGCACCAUCCUAUUCUUGAAACACAACACGUGCACCACGCUGCCCUGAUAAGACAACAAACAAGUCACCCUGUUCCAGGUCACAAGAACAACAUUCCGGUGUUGGAUGCUUAUUCUUUGCGUACAAUUCACUUGGCAAUUUCAUAAUCCAAAAGUUGAUUUUCUGCUCUUUCUAGUAAAUCACUGACUAUACUAUUGAGCACAUUCAGGGUCAGUACACAAAUACAAUUUCUGCAUUAGUAUUUGCACUAUUUUAUAAAUUACUUUAUACUUGGCAUUAAAACAAGUUAUUGCCAGAGCUUUCUAUUGCACUAAUAAUGUGAUGUAUAUAUUUGUAUGUACUUGUGUUUAAUGUAGUUAUAGAUGCUACUUGUUUGUUGAAUUAUUUGCACUAUAUUUUUGAAAAAAAUGACGUUUGUCUAUAGAAAAUAGUGAUUAGAUUAUCAUUGUUUUAUCUGUGUUUUUGUUGUAUAAAAACUGAAUGUAUGUUUAACCCCUUCUGGCAGCUCGAAGGGUUAAAACAUUUUAACACUGUCCCCUUGUUUCAAAUAUAACAUUCUGUUCUUACCAUGUUAUACACAGUGCUGACAUUAUCUGCUUGUUUUCAUAUGUAAAUGUAUUUAAACCAGUUCGACUCAGAGCUCACUUCGGCAAACAUUACAGAAUUCUAAUGCUUCAUGGCAAAUUAGAUCAUCAUUAUUUUCCUUGUCUUCUAGUUCUCUCUAAAAGCUAGGUCUUGGUUCAGGUUUAACCCCUUGACUACUGGGGCUUUCAGAGAAAAACUUGCCCAAAAUACCAGAGAAUUUUUAGUAUUUUUGCUAUCACUUCAUUUAAACAGAAAUAGAGCCUUUUUUAAUUUACCUGUCAAAACUAUAUAUAUAUAUUUUUUUGUCAGUAGACAACCCAAGGUAUUGAUCUAGGCCCAUUUUGGUAUAUUUCAUGCCACCAUUUCACCGCCAAAUGCGAUCAAAUAAAAAAGAUUGUUAACAUUUUCACAAACUUUGGGUUUUUCACUGAAAUUAAUUACAUACAGCUUGUGCAAUCAUGGCACAAAUGGUUGUAAAAGCUUCUCUGGGAUUCCCUUUGUUCAGAAAUCGCAGACAUAUAUGGCUUUGUUAUUGCUUUUUAGUAAUUAGAAGGCUGCUAAUUGCAGCUGCGCACCACACUUCUAUUAUUCCUGGCAGUGAAGGGGUUAAUCAGGUAAGCUAAUAAUGUUAAUUUUAGCUUUAGUGUAGAGCACUCAUUUUCAAGCCUGUCUGCAGGCCUCCCCAACAGGCCAGGUUUUCAGGAUUACCUUGGGUGAGAGCAGGUUAAUAACCAUGUUUACUAAUCAGCUGAUUAUUUCACCUCUGCUCCAGUUAAGAUAUCUACAACAUGUGGCCUGUUAGGGAGACCUGAUGAGAGGUUUGUAAACCAGUGGUGUAGAGAUUACCCUCCCACCUGACACUUCCCACACCCUGAUCCCUCCCAACAGCUCUCUUCGCUUCCUCACCCUCCACUGGUUACUCCCAUCUUAGGUACUGCCAACGUGAAAAAUUGCCCUCAUAUGGAAGCGGAGCGCUAAUCACGCUCUCGUUCCAUAUGUGGGCAGAUGCCUGGAGCUCAGAAACUCCAGCUCUCGGAUGUAACUUCCUGAAAACAAAGGAUGAAAACAAUUUAAAUGGACAUGGAAGAUUACAGAGCCCCAACAUUCUUUUGCAAAAUAAUUUGGAAUACUUGAGUUUUUUUCUCCACAUUUUGGGUUAGAUUACAAGUGGCACCCUCCCGCUGGAGUGUAAACUUCAUUAGAAGUAAUUGUUUUUCGCAUGCCAGUUAAUGCACGUAUUACAAGUUAAAAGUAAAAGUUUUGCGUGCAAGGGAAAACCAGCCUAGCCCUAACCCUUUACACCAGGUCUUCAGUCCGACUAACCAACGCACGUUAAAUUUGAUUUUGCCUAAACAAACCUGUUAACUUUCAACUUGUAAUAGGUGCGCAAAUUAACGCACCGGCGAUAUUCUUAUAAGGCGUGUGCUAAUGUCAGCGCCAUUUGUAAACUAGCCCUUUAUCAGCACAAUUUGCUGUGUUUGGCAGGUGUUUGCCAUUCACAGUCUAUGGGGCAUUCUUACCAAAUGUUCUAUUAAGCAGAGAGAUUGGCACUGUGUAUUAGUUGUUUUUUUAAAUAAAUAAAAAAACAAAAACAUUUUUUAAUACUACUUUGCAGGAGGUUACUAACGGUAGUAUGCUGCGGCUGUACAGCCUACUAAUGACAGGCUUUGUCACUGAAAUAAAACUGAUACAUACACUGGUUUUAACACUAGGUUAGAGGAGAAGACCUGUUUGCUGCAGUUGAACAGCUUUUCCAGUGAAAGACAGAAUGAUUAUGCAUUGCCUUUUCCGUAAGAGGAAGCUAGUGUUUUUAUUAGUAAUUUUACAUUUCUUAUAAACAGAAAACAACACUCAUCACAUAACAAAAAAACUGAAAAACAAGGUAUACUCGGCACUCAUUUGAAAUGCACUUUUUGUGAUCAUUUUCUCAUGUAUGACGCUCUCGAAAGCAUAUAAUGUGUGUGCAUGUAUCUUAUACUUACACAUGCUCUAAUCACUGGAGACUCACAAAUUAAAAGCAAGUGCACACAGGUUAUCUACAUAUGCUAGGGGAGCCGCAUGCACAACAGUCUCACACAAAAAGGUACGAGAAUUUUUCUCUGAAAUAAUUUUCCAUACAAAAGUAUAUUGCAAAAAUGCUCCUAUACAAACCUGAAAUGCACUAACAGAUAUUUCAAAGUUGAUAUUUAUAUCCAUUUAAGGGCGUGUGCCAAUCUCCAAAGCAUUGUCUUUUGUAAACCUUUUUGUUAACGUAGAGAUUAAGUUAUGUUUAGAUACACUAUGGAUUUGUUAUAUUUUUACACAAGAUUUGGCAGUUAUGAUCUUUGUAUCAUUUGUAUUAAUUUUUUUAAAUAAAAGUAUACAUUUAUGUUUCA